CUCCUGCGUUCCUCCGUGGGGGUGAAGGCCACCAAGCAGUUCCUCGAAGAGAUCAACAAGUGGACCAUCCAGUACAAUGUCUCGCCUCUUUCCUGGAACGUGGCCGUCAAAUUCCUCAUGGCCAGGAAAUUUGAUGUUCUCCGAGCGAUUGAACUCUUCCACUCCUACAGGGAAACGAGGUUCAAGGAAGGCAUCGUGAAGCUGAAACCUCACGAGGAGCCGCUGAGGUCAGAACUCCUGAGUGGAAAAUUCACCAUCCUGAGUGUGCGGGAUCCUUCCGGAGCCUCGAUUGCCCUCUUCACCGCUAAGUUGCACCACCCCAAUAAAAGUGUCCAACACGUGGUACUUCAGGCCCUCUUCUACCUGCUGGACAGGGCAGUGGAAAGCUUUGAAACUCAGCGGAACGGCCUGGUGUUUAUCUACGACAUGGCGGACUCUCACUAUUCCAACUUUGAGCUGGAUCUGAGCAAGAAGAUCUUGAACUUGCUGAAGGGAGCCUUUCCAGCGCGCCUGAAAAAGGUCUUCAUCGUAGGCGCCCCGAUGUGGUUCCGAGUUCCUUAUUCCAUCAUCAGCUUGUUGCUUAAAGAGAAACUGCGAGAAAGGGUCCAGAUGGUGAAAAUGUCAGAGCUCAGGCAGCACCUGCCCCACGAGUGCCUCCCCGAGUAUUUGGGAGGGUCUCUCAAGCUGGACCCCCUCAGCUGGAACUGCAGAUUCCUCCCGCAGCAGAAUGGGCACCCGGACCCCCUGGACGAGCUGAUCCUGGUCCCCCUGGCUCCGCCUCGGGACAACGGUUCCGUCCACAUCCCCGGGCCCAAGUCCAUGACUCUGCAGGAACUUCUGGAGCACGUCAACCAGAAGCAGAAGCGAGGAAUUUAUGAGGAAUAUGAAGGCAUUCGGCACCGAAGCCCGACGGGCACUUUUGGGUGUUCUCUAGCGCCUUUGAACCAGGAGAAAAACCGAUACGGGGAUGUUCCCUGCCUUGAUCAAACCAGGGUGAAAUUGUCCAAACAGUUCAACUAUCAGGAGAUGACUGACUACAUCAAUGCCAGUUUCAUGGAUGGGUACAAGCAAAGGAAUGCUUAUAUCGGCACUCAAGGGCCAUUAGAAAACACAUACAACGACUUCUGGCGCAUGGUGUGGGAACAGAAUGUACUGGUGAUCGUGAUGACCACAAGGAUUGAAGAAGGAGGCAAAAGGAAGUGCGGUCAAUACUGGCCACUGGAGAAGGACUUUCAGAUCGGUUAUGGAACCUUAACGGUUACCAACCUUGGAACAGAGAACCUCAGCCAUUACAAGAAGACACUCCUGGAGAUGUUCAGCUGUGAGAACCGAGAGAGACGCCGUGUGACCCAUUUCCAGUACGUGAGCUGGCCCGACUACGGGGUCCCUUCCUCAGCAGCCACGCUCAUCGACUUCCUGGGAGCCGUCAAGCAGCAACAGAGGGUGGCCGUCAGUGCCCUGGGACCACGUUACAAAGGUCAUCCAGGCGGGCCACCCAUUGUGGUACACUGCAGUGCCGGUAUUGGGAGGACAGGUACUUUCUGCGCACUGGAUAUUUGUCUGUCACAACUGCAAGAUGUGGGUACUCUCAACAUUUACCAGACGGUGGUGCGGAUGAGGACCCAGCGCGCCUUCAGCAUCCAGACCCCUGAGCAGUAUUACUUCUGCUACUUGGCCAUCCUUGAGCACGCGUACAGGGAAAACCUCCUGCCCUACUCCCAUCCCAGGAUGGGUCCAGAGAAGAGCUAAUCCCAAGGUCUAGAUUAGAAGAUCUGGAAGCUCACCCAGGCCUCAGCCACAGCAGGAACUA